CCCACAUUCCCCAUGGUAAUUCCCACAUUCCCAGUGGUAAUUCCCACAUUCUCGGUGGUAAUUCCCACAAUCCCCACCGUAAUUCCCACCAGGAUCCCACUUCCACCUCCCCCAUGUGAUCCAUGGAAUUCCAGCAGCAUCCAGGAUCUGAUCCCUAUUUUUCUUUUCUUUUCCAGACCCACAAGAACCGCAAGCGGAGGAUUGCCUGCACGGCCGAGGAGCCGGAGGCUGUUCCCUCGGGAUUGCUCCUGGAUGUGGCCAAAUACCUGGGAUCGCUGCAGUACAACGUGUGGAAGAAGAUGUUGGACACCAUCUCCGCCGUCCCCUUCAGCCUGGACCCCAACUCGGCCGCGGGCUGGCUCUCCGUCUCCGAGGACCUCUCCAGCGUCUCCCUGUGCGGCUACAAAGCCUCCGUGGAGAACCCGGAGCGCUUCACCUCCGCGCCCUGCGUCCUGGGCUCCCGCGGCUUCUCCGAAGGCUUCCACACCUGGGAGGUGGACCUGGGCGGCCUCACCAACUGGCGGGUGGGCGUCUCGCGGCCCCCCAGGGGCUCCCACUGGAGUUACCACCACGACACCCGCUCC